AUGCUCAAUUUACUUCAUGGUCAGUUGGAAAAUAUUGGUCAAUUUCUCAUUCGAGUCUCUGUGCCGAUUUCAAUAUUUCAUAUUUCUGCAGAAAUGGUCGGCGUACUAAAUGUAGUCUUUCAAAAAUGUCAAGCUGUAUCUUCAACAAUAUUACCCGAUACGGUAUCAACAAUGGGAGCUAUUCGCGAAGAAAAGCGUACGGCACUUAUUGAUCUACCGACUAUUUUUCGAGAUAUUUUAACUCAUCUAGAGAAGAAGAAUUACGACUUGAGUUCAUUAGCUCUUGGUGUGCUCGGAGCAAGGCCCAUGCAACGAGAAUUUUGA